AUGAGCUCCGCACCAACGACUCGCCUCCUGGCGAGAUCCCUCUUCCAGAACGCCGCUCGCUCAUCACCGAUUACGCGAUACUCUCCUGCCCUCCUGCGACCCUUCUCCCAGACACCAGCACCACGCGCCGAUGAUGCGAAGAAAGGAGGCCAGGAGCUCCUUGCCGCCAUGUACGGCUCGCGCUCGCAAGCGUCAACGACGACAACUUCUUCAGAGCCGAGCACGUCCGGCGAGUCCCAGAGUCUGCUGAUCGACACCCUGAACCGUGCUGCGGGCAGGAAGUCCAACACCCUCGGCGCCACCGGCUCAGGACUCGAGGAGCUCGUCCCCGAACAAGAAGACCUUAUGGAGCCAUACCAUAUGCACGUCUACUCCCACAAGCACAACACACACGUCACAGUCACGAAACCCGACCGCGGGGCCAUCAUCUCCCUGUCGACCGGCAACAUAGGCUUCAAGAAAUCCAAGAGAAAGGGUUACGAUGCGGCAUACCAAUUGACAGCGUAUGUCCUUGAGAGAUUGAACUACGCCGGAUGGCACAAGAAGAUCAACAAGCUCGAGGUUGUGCUGAGAGGAUUCGGUGUCGGACGUGAUGCGGCAGUCAAGGUGCUCAUGGCCCCCGAAGGCAAGCUCUGGAGAAGCAAAGUCAUCCGAGUGGCCGACUCGACAAGGUUGAAGUUUGGUGGAACGAAGAGCAAGAACCCGAGACGUGUCUAA